CAAACGCUAGUUCAUUAAAACUCCCGAGGAGGAUCUCGUGGCGUUUUACGAUCCAAAUGAAUGAGAAGUAAACAACAGUCAUCAAAUGUAAACAUAUUUUCUGUUUUUAUUUUUCUAUUAAGGGGACAAAAAAUGUGAUAAUAGAUUAUAUGCAAUAGAUUAUAAACGUUGAAAUGGCUUCAAUAGCUCCAUCAGAAUCUUCAAGGUCCAUAAUCCCUAUUGGAAAAUAUGAUCAUCUUUCUGAUAAGAGAAGAGAACCGCCCAAAUCAGAAUGUGUGUAUCGUAUAGGACCAGCACCCAGAGAAGAUGUAGCAAAUGCAGCUGACAAUUCAGCUGAUAUUGGUACAUUAGAUGCUGACAUGGAUGAGAGUUUUCAAGGCAAUAAACAGGAGAGGUCAAAGAAAAAGGCAGCUGGAAGUCGAGCACUUAUUAUUUACUUUGCAAAAAUGGCAACAAAGACCAACAAGGAAACAGUUGACUAUCGAUUUUUAGAAUCUCUAUUUCAAGGUGGUGCAAUGGUCAAUGUGACUGACAAACAUGGUCAAAGUGUUAUGCAUGAAAUUUCACGAAAUUGGAAUACUGAUGUGGCUAAAUUUUUUAUUGAUAAUGGUGCUGAUAUUAAUCAAGCUGAUAAACUUGGCAGGUCACCACUGCAUCUAGCAGCAGCAGUCAAUCAUUAUGAGAUGGUGGAGUACCUUAUUGAUGCUGGAGCUAAUAUUCAUGCAAGAACAAUUGGUGAGCUACAAACACCUAUCCAUUAUGCUGCCAAGUACAAUGCUGUUGGAUCAUUGAAAGUAUUAAUGGAGAAAAAAGCUUGGUAUAAUGACAGGGACUACAAACAGAGAACUCCUAUAUUUUUAGCUGCCGAAAUGGCACGUGAGGACACAGCUCGAUAUCUGGUUGAAUAUGGAGUCCCAGUGGGUGUGUUUGAUGACACUGGAAUGUCAGCCAUUGCAUUAAUGGUUGAGAAAAUGCCACACAUUGCUGAAGAGGCCUUGAAUCAAUUUCAAGUGAAUGAUUCAGCUUUUCGAAAAGAUUAUUUUUACCUCAACUACUUGGAAUACCCUCCAAAGAAGUGGAGAGAGGAGAAUAUCACUGUUGAUGAGUUUGGAGCACCCAUUGUGCCAGACAAGAAAGCGCAAAAGAAGGCGAAACGAGAGAAGCGAUAUGCAUGCCCAACAACUGCUUUGAAGCUCGCUGUUCAACUGCAAGAGUUCGACGUCAUCAUGCAUCCCGUCAUGCAGCAGCUGAUAAAGACAAAAUGGAAUUUGUACGGUAAAAUAGGAUCAGUGAUUGGUGCAUCUAUUCAUCUUCUUUAUAUCAUGAUCUGGACAAGUUUGGCUAUCGUGUUGCCAGGCGACGGAAAUUACUACGGAGGCGGUAAUUGGUGGAGAAUUCCUAUUGAGUUAAUUGGUGUUUUGAUGACGUUAAUAUUUGUUGCUAGGCAAAUUUGGGAAAGCAAGAUCACCUUUCGAGACAACCAAUCCUUUCGUAUGUGGAGAACGAGACAACUGAACCGGGAUCUUGAUUACUGCCACCCAAGAUGGCCGCAGGAGAAAACAUUUUUGGAGAGCGAGAUGAAAGCUGUUCGUUCACGUGGCGGUGGAAUGCUCUCCGACCCUUGGAACAUUUUGGACUUGUUAACAUACAUGUCGGUGCUAGUUGUCAUAGUUACACGCCUUGUGUCGGUGUUUUACGGUGAGAAGUUGGCUGAAGAAAUUCAUCGAAAAGCAUACGCAGCAGCCAUGAUAUUUAUGUGGUUGCAUUUUAUGAAGUCGUGUCGGCCCUUCACAACGUUAGGACCAUUUAUAACUAUGCUCGGUCACGUAAUGAUGGACACAUUCACGUUCGCAUUUCUUUUCUUUGAGUUCUUCAUACCAUACACUAUAGGUUUUUGGAUCUUAUUCGGUGGUAGUGUAAACGCUGCAAAGAUGAAGGCUGUAGACGAGGAUAUUGAUCCUAUCGAUUGGGAACAACUGCAUAACUUAAUUUUCGCCACAUGGCAAGUCACGCUUAAUGUGGAUUUUAAUUGGGAUGCGUUGGUUGCGGUAGAUCGUCUCAUGGCACAAAUCAUGGUCGGGACAUUUUUCGCCUUUUCGACAGUGCUAUGUCUUAACCUUUACAUUGCGUUGCUGUCGGAAACCUUCAACCGAGUGUACGCGAAUGCUAAGGCGAACGCUUCGUUACUACAAGCGAAUACCAUUCUUCAAAUACAACACGUGUUGUCGAAGAAGAGAAGAAAGAUCGAGUUGGAUUAUAUACAGGAUGAAUGUGGACCAUUGGUUGCACCACAAGCGGAGGACCCUGCUGGAGUGACGGACGAAGAAAUGUGGGAUAAGGUUGUGCGGACGGUUUUGUUGCGUUUUGAACAGUUGAACGAUUACUUCAAAGAAAAAUUUAACCUUGGCGGUGCAGCUACGCGUUCUAAAGUGGUCGAUCACACUGUAAUGCAAAAAAAGUUACGAGAGGUUCAAGAUACGUACAACGUUUACCAAGGGUUGCUUGGCAGAGAUAAAGAAAUCUACGAGCUGAUGUGCGAUAUCCACGAUUUGAAAUGCGCCGCAUUGAUGUAUUUAGGCGAGGGGAGGUCACUUCCACCGAAACCGAGGUAUGUUCCUCCACCUGUUCUUGACAUCAGGCCUCCAUCACAGGAGUUAAUAGACGCAGCCAAUCCAGUUAUCCAAGCACGCAAGAUACAGAAACAAAUGGACAACGAUCUUUUUCGCACAAUAAUGGAUAGAAAAGCUGGAGAUAAUGUUGACGAUUUACAGGCUUACGAUCAUGAACCGGAAAGAGAUGUAAUGGGAAGUUGGGAGGAUAUUAAUUAUCUUGAAAGCAGUAUGAACGAAGAUCCUCCCGAUUCCAAUUAUCCACUGCUGGAUGACUAGCGAAGAUGAAUGACUAACUAGACUGGAUGACUAACCAAACUGGGUGACGGUAAUUGAAAAAAGGCAACCAUCCUUCUCUGUAAAACUCUAAAUAAGAAUGUCUAAAGUCGGGCUAAGCAAAAUAAGUGUUGUUUUAAGAUCACGCAAUGUAGUGGAUGCAGGGUGAUGCUAUCAAAAAACUGAUGUAAUGCGCCCUACGACAAGAGAGAAUGUAUGACCGGUGCAUAGGCAAGCCAUAGCACUGCAUUUGCGUAUAUUUGCCCUACUCCAGAUGAUAUAUUUUAUAUUAGUUUUUACCUUCUCUUAACAUGUUUUUGCAGAAACAUUUGCGUUUAUUAUUAUAUUUACGCACAAAAUUUUUUGACAACCUCGUUCCCAGGACAUUUUACUUUCCCGAUCAAGUUGACCACGUGCCAACUAAGAGACCUAGUGAACGGAAAUGAAGUUCUAAAACUUGUUUUUUAAAGGAGCUACAAACCGGUUAAAAUGCUCACAUUGCGUAUAUUCCGCGCACAUAUUAAAAAUCCGGCAAACGCGUUUCGCGCAAUGAACAGACCAGCGCACUUUGCUCGCUGGUUCAAUAUUUUUUUCGAAAAGUAUAUUACGAAGAAAAAUUUAGCAAUACUUAUCCUAGAUGAAAACAUGACCAAGGCUGGAAAAGAUAAAAAUUCUGGAUAUAUUUAUAUGUUUGAGUAUGUAAAUUACAUAUGCCGGAAAAUCCCCUUUUUUUAUUUUUCGCCGCCAUCAGCUCGACUUUCGUGUAAGCCGUUCCGUAGCCCCUUUAAAAGAACGUGUAAGUUUAGUUUUUUUACAAUGUAUAUUUUAAUACUGAGUUAGUUUUUUUUUAUUUGUUUAAUUAAGAAAUCUGCUUGUUUGUUAA